AAGUCGUUAUAGACUCUCUACAGCUUAGUGCGGCUCACACACUCACAUAUACAGACACACAUACACUCUACUCCCGUUGUGGAACGACAGACGCAGACACAAACAUUAUCAGUCGGCAGACGCAGACAGACUCAGAUAACACACACACACACACAUACUGUACACACACAGACUCACACAAACACACACACACACACACAAAGCAGUGAGGAUGAAAUCUUCAGCAGAGCGUUCAGUGUAGUGUUUCUCUCGGCUAUGCCGCAGUGCAUCAGGGACAGUGAACAUGGAGACACCGAAAACUUCCAGAGCUAACAACACUCCUCUAACCACGCCCACCAGGAUGCAUGUGAUCCAGGUGGACUCAGUGCAGCGUUGGAUGGAGGAUCUGCGUCACAUGACUGAGGUGGAGUGUAUGUGUGUGCUGCAGUCCAAGCCACUGGGUGUGGAUGAGGACACUGCAGGUGAGCUCAUCAUCCCUGGGGUGGGUGUGGCCAAUGAUCAUGUGACACGAGACAACCUGCAGACUCUCCUGAAGAGGGCACUGGUUGUCAGCACUGAGCUGGGCAAGAUGUUCCAGCGUCUAGAAAAAGGACGAUGGCAGCGUGUACAUGGAACCGCCGUCAGAGCCAACUGCCAUGUUCGCUCACUGGUGCACGAGUGCAGUGCUCACAGAACCAACAACACACACAUGCAGAAGUAUGAAGCCACUCUGCUGGAGAAGUGUAUGGAGCUCACUGUUAUCACUGAGAGGUGUCUCCACACAGAUGAUGAAUACUUCCUCAAGUCCAUGAAGGAGGCCAUUCACGAGAUCCUUACAGAUGUCAGUGAUUCAUUCAGCCAAAUGAUUGACAUGGCAUUAGCCAAUGAAAUACAAGUCCUGAUCAGGCAGGUUGAGGAGUCAGAUGAUAUUUUCCUGAUGGAAAAUGCGAUCAGUAACCUGCUGUCGCUCACUCAGGAUGGACCUCAGCUCUGCAGCAUCAUCGCCAAAGAAGGUGCAGUCAUAGCUCUGUUGAAGAUCUGUAGGCAGGACUGUUUCAGCUCUUUAUACGCUCCUGCACUCAGGACUGUCGCCUCCAUCUGCUGUGUGGAGGAAGGAAUCAACCAACUGGAGAAAGUGGAUGGUGUAUUGUGUCUUGCUGAUAUUCUGACUGAUGAAGGGUGUACAGAAGCAGCUCGAGCUGAAGCAGCUGCUGUUGUGGCUCAGAUCACAUCUCCACAUCACUCCAACACACACCAUCUGUCCAGCUUCAUUGAGAGCAUGCAGGACAUCGUCUCCGCCCUCAUCAAGCUGUGUGAGACUGCAUCAUGUGGUGAAGUGUUCCUCUUAGCCUCAGCUGCACUGGCGAACAUCACUUUCUUUGACAGUUUGGCUUGUGAGAUCCUGCUGCAGCUGAAUGCAGUGCACAUCCUCCUCCAGGCCUGCAGGGACCGCCAGCGAGUCGACACACCUUACUCUAAAGACCAGGUUGUAACAAUUUUGGCCAAUUUGUCUGUUUUGGAGCAAACAGCAUCGGAGGUCUUACAGGAGGAUGGAUUGGAGCGUCUGCUUGUGCUGCUAGGAGAGAAACCGACCUCCUCCAGUCCAUCAGAGGGCGCUGCAUGUGAGCGAGUGCAGCAGAAAGCUGCAGUAACACUUGCACGGUUAAGCCGAGAUCAAGAUGUCGCUCAGGCUGCGAUCGAGCUGCGAGCUGUGCCACGUCUCAUCGAGCUGUGUCGAUCUCCAGCUGAGAGAAACAGCAGUGACUCUGUUCUGGUGGCCUGUCUGGCUGCUCUAAGGCGAUUGGCUGCUGGAUGUUCUGACAUUAUUGACCCAGUGGAUCAUCAGCAGCUCAUUAAACCACGACUCGUCGACUCUUUCCUGCUCUGUUCCAACAUGGAGGAGAGUUUUGUCUAAAGCUGCUUCCAGCUUGCACACACACACACACACACACACAAUGCUGGUUUAGGUUAAACUGUUAAGUACAGUAGCUACAGUGCUAAUGCUGUGUUUAUUUCUCUGACUAUCUACAGCCAGAAAACGAACAGAACCACAGAACACUAGAUCAUGAAGCAACAGUCCAACUAGAAUUGAACCAAAAGGACACAAAACAGAAUCGAACCAGAAGUUUUCUAGAAAAAAAAACAAGAAACAGAAUUUGUAACAGAAAAUAAAUCAACCCAAAACAAGAACUGGGCAAGAUGAAUGAGUGAAAUGUGAACUGAAAUGGAACUGAAAUGUUCCAGUGCUAGAACCCAGUCUUCCUCUUGCUAGAACCCUGUGAUCUGAGACUAGAAACCAGUAAAUGGGAUUUUUACUAUUGAGUUUCUAAUUAAUUAAGUUUAAUUGAAUUUAAUUAAGAAAAUACUUUUUUUUACACACAAUUUGUAACAUGUCUAACAUUAAUAAAUGUUCAUAAAGUUGAUAUAUUAAAGAGAUUUUAGAGAAAUAAUUUUUUUUGUUGAAUUAUCACAAACAUUGCAUUGUAAAUUGUAUUUAAAGAAAAUGU